CCAACCUCCAGCCCAGUCCCCACCGCAACAGCACAGCUUCUCCGUUCCCCAAUCUCGCAGAAGACGCACGAGCGCACCCCACCGGCGACAUCGAUGCGGGCGAUCUCGACGGCCGCGGCGGCGGCGGGCGGCAUGCUGCGCGCGCGGCUCCGCUCCGCGUCCCGCGUGCGCGGUGGCGGCGAGGGCGCGGGGCGGUGGACGACGCCGGGGCACGAGGAGCGGCACAAGGGGUACCUCUUCAAUCGCCCGCCGCCGCCGCCGGGGGAGUCGCGGAAGUGGGAGGACUGGGAGCUGCCUUGUUACGUCACCUCUUUCCUCACCGUCGUCAUCCUCGGCGUCGGCCUCAACGCCAAGCCUGACCUCACAAUCGAGACCUGGGCGCACCAGAAGGCGCUCGAGCGCCUCCAGCAGCAGGAGCUGGCCGCCGCCGGUGCCGUGGGCGACGGAGACGCCGAGUGAUCUACCGGUCAGGUCAUCCUCGACCCUAGAUUUUUCUGAUUAUCGGUUUGUGCCUGUUCCAAUAAGAGUUUGUCUGUACUAUGAUGUAUGUCAUAUGAGAUCCAAAAAUGGAUGGACAUGAUCAAAUUGAGAAUAUGUAGCCCUGUUGAUGUUUUUCACUAUGGUGUCGAGUCUUUGUUACCUAUUGCGCAACUGGGAACAUGCUAUGCAAUUUUAAUGUUUUCCAUCUGUAUUCUCUACAUGUGCUUGUUGCAGUGAAA